AUGCCAUCCAUCAGCAUCAUCCAAUCUGCAAUAGCAGACUUACCGAAUGGCCCGCCGGUAGUUGCCGCCAUACCAGGAGGAACAACCGGCAUCGGCUCCUACAUCGCCAAAAGUCUAGCAACAGUCUUUUCCAAACACGGAUCCAAAUUACGCGUCUACAUUGUCGGUCGCAAUGCCGAAAGAGGCCAAAAAGUAAUCUCUGAAGGCCGCGAGAUUAGUCCAGGCUCCGAAUGGCGUUUUGUACAGGCCACGGAUCUGGCUUUGAUCAGCGAAGUUGAUAACUGCUGCGCGGAAAUCAUCAAACAGGAAACGGAGGCGCCGUUCCAUGGUGGCCCUGCUCGUCUUGACCUGUUGUACAUGACGCACUGUUAUCCCAUACUAAAGGAACGAACUACUACCAAAGAAGGGCUCGACGCUUUCAUAUCCACGACAUACUACUCCCGCAUACGAUUCAUCAUGCAACUAAUGCCACUACUUACUGCGUCCACUGUGCCAGGUCACGUCAUCUCAGUCUACGCAGGUGGUUUUGAAGACGGCACCCGCCCGGGCGACUUGCCCAUUGGCUGUCCGCCAGAUUCUACCUACGGCGUAACCAGCGUGCGCAAGCAUACUACUUUCAUGAAGACUUUCCUUUUUGAAGAACUUGCUGAGAAGUAUGCCGGCAAGCUCAGUCUGACACAUAUAUACCCAGGCCUCGUUGAUGGACCUACGUUUUACAGUCCAGAGAUGCCAGGCUGGUUUAGGGUGCUGUGGUGGUUGUUCAAGCCUCUCGCCAAACUGUACAUGACGUCUCCCCAGGUUUGUGGCGACGUGACAGUUUACCUUGCUACUUCGAGAUAUCCGGCAAAGGGACAGAUAAAGGAUAGCAAGCGGCUAAUGAAUGGGGUACAUAUUGCAAGUAGUUCCAAGGCAGAACCAGGUGGUGGAGCAUACACUGUUGGACAGAGGGGUGAUGCCAGCGAUAAAAUCAGCUAUGAGAAAGUUCGUAAGGAGGGAUUGAGUAAACAGGUCUGGGAUCACACCAUGGACACCUUGGAACGAAUUGAGAAGCAGAAUGCAAAGGGGAGCUAG